ACACACACACAAACACACUAAACACAUACAAACACUCAGACACUGUCUGACACACACACUGAUACACGCACACGCUGCGUUCACUUUCCUUUACACAACUUUUCUGCGCUUUUAACGCACAUUCUACGUGAAUCGUUGAAAGUUGUUGGGGGGGGGGGGGCAAUCUCUUGCGUGCGUGUGUGCGCGUGUGUGAGUGUGUGUAAACACUCGGGUUAACCGUCACUGUGCGGACCCGCCCAGCGGAGCUCCGUGAGGACCGACUCGCUCCACUCCCAGACGCCCGGGAUCCGCUCUCUUCGUCGGGUUCAUGUCGUCCUUCAUCUCCACCCUCGUCUUCCUCUGCAGCGUGGCAGCUGUCACUCAGUCCAGUCACCUGACAGAUCCCAUGUGUUAUGAUUGGGGGGAGUCCAGUGAGGGGACAGUCUCUGUCCUGGAAGGGGAGGCCGGUUGGCUCUCCUGUCCUCUUUUCUCUCAUCCCUCCGUCUACAACUACACGUCCACCCAGAGCGCUGGACACAACCUGUACUGGUACCGCGUCCCAGAGGGCCACGACCUGGAGCAGCCAAUCACAUACAGCUCCCGUCUCACUCCAGGCAGAGAGAGGCUGUGGCUGCAGCCGGCUGCUCUGGAGGACAGUGGACUGUACAUCUGCAUGCUGGGUAACAAGUCGUCCUGCAGUAAGAUGGCCAUGCGGCUCAAGGUGCUGCGCCCUGAAGACCUGGUCCAACCCUCUGACUGCCGGCCUCCCGUGGCCUCACCACCGAGCAGCGUGGUCAUCCCACAGCAGGAGGGGAGGUUCCUGGACUGUCCAGACCUGCAGGACGUCACCAAGAUGGCCGACAGCCAUCCCACCGUCACCUGGUACCACGUGACGCUAUCCGGCUCGUGUUACCAGUAUCCGUUCUGGAACCACGACCGGGAGCAGCAGGGAUCCAGGCUGAGGUUUUACACCAUGUAUGAUUUAUAUCGUGGUUUAUAUUUCUGCACCGUCACCUACCUGAGGAAAGGCAAGACGCUCAACUUCAGCAGGAGCAUCAACGUCACCACAGUCCAUCCUACAUCGCUGCCAAAAGAACCCAGCAUCAUGCAGCCGUACAGAGGCCGGGUGUUCCCCGUCAGACUGGGUAUGGAGGAGCGUCUGCAGUGCACCGGUCUGUUCCCGUCCCUGGAGUCAGAUUGGGAGAUCUGGUGGACGGUCGACGGGAAGACUCUGGAGGAACUGGGCGACCCCCGCUUCACUAAAGUCAACAGUCAGGUGAACAUACACAACGGGGACCGGACGGAGGAGAGCCUGCUGGUGAUCCAGGACUUGGGCUCCGAGGACCUGAAGCGACAGUACAGCUGCUCUGUGAGGAACUCCAGAGGUUCUGAGACGCGCCGGGCGGAGCUGAAGCUCGAGGUGUCUUUGCCGUCCGUGGAGCUGGGUUGUGGUCUCGCCGUGACCCUGGUCCUCAUGCUGCUGCUCUUCGUGGUCUAUCACGUCUUCUGGUUGGAGCUGCUGCUCAUCUACCGCUCGUGGUUCGGCAGCGACGAGCGGCACUCGGAUGAUAAAGAGUACGAUGUGUACAUCUCGUAUGCGAGGAACUCUGAGGACGAGCAGUUUGUUCUGUCGACGCUUCGCACUGUUCUGGAAAACGAGCUCGGAUACUCAGUGUGUAUCUUUGACCGAGACAGUCUGCCGGGAGGGACCAUCACAGAUGAGACUCUGAGUUUCGUGGCUCGUAGCCGGCGCGUCCUGGUGGUCGUUAGCCCAGGUUACGCCACCCAGGGGUCCCAGGCCCUGCUGGAGCUGAAGGCCGGUAUCGACGGCAUGGCGCUGAGCGGAGACCUGAGGGUCAUCCUGGUCCAGUUCAAACCGGUUCGGUGGCAGGGCUGGGUCCGCGAGCUGAGGCGAGCCCGGGUGGCUCUGGCCCUGGUCCAAUGGCAGGGAGACAAAUCCAGUGAGCUGACGUCUCGCUUCUGGAAGAGGCUGAGGGUGGAGCUUCCUGUGAGGAGGCUCAGCCGCAGGGCGGAGGAGGAGGAGGGGAACAGCAAGGAGCUGAUGAGGCUGCACAGUCAGAACAGCACCAACUCACAGACCGGCCUCAUCACUGACACCAACAAAAACCCCAAGAAGGUCUUCAGCUGUGCAGUGUGACGGAGCUCAGCACCUUCCAGUCACGUGUUCAGAACAUGUGACGGAGCUCAGCACCUUCCAGUCACGUGUUCAGAACAUGUGACGGAGCUCAGCACCUUCCAGUCACGUGUUCAGAACAUGUCAGCAGUCGUAGAUGGACAUUGAAAGAAUAUUCUAAGAUUAAUUUCUCUUAAUCUGGUUCUGACUCUUCCACUCAGUCGUCCGUCUUAGUGAUGAAACUCAGUGUCUGAUUCUGAACUUGGGCCUGAGGGUGGCGCCAGAGGGAAGACCGAGGAUUGAGACAGAAAUUUAAAGUUGACGUUUGAUAAUGAUCGAGUCCAGCAGCUGCUGAGUCGACACCGAAAAUACAGACAAGGUGAAGGUGGAACAGACGCAGGGCGAGAGACGACCCAGAAACCAAAAGAACAUUUAAAAAAGCCACAUUAACAUUCUGAUUAACUAAUGCACUUCAACUUUCACGUCAGAAGAUUAAUUAUGUUAAGUAAAAGUUGCCUGAUCGUUAUUUUCAUCGUUGUAAUUACUCUGCACUUUCUGCCGUUUUAUUUUUAUUUUUUUAUCACUUUAAAAACAGUAUUUUAACGAGAGACUGCAUCCUGAACUUUGUCAGUUUUUUUAAUAAAUGGUUAACAAUCA